AUGGUCAAGAAACUCAAUGCCAAGGAGGCCGCCUGGCGCGACGCAUACGUCCUCACCCCUUCCAUCCAGAACCUCAUCCGCGCCAAUGGGAAGAAUCGCUACUCAGCAUUGAACUACCCGAAGAGCGCUGAGCAAGAGCAGGCGUGGGCUGGUUUGAAAAAGGCGCCCCGGGGCCUUCGGGCCAUUGGCCCUUUCGCGGCCGCCUCCUGCCUCAUGAUUCGAGCCUUUCGGGACGAGGGGAUCUCCAUACCAGGAAAGGACAUCGACGAGGAAGAGUUCUACGAGACCCGCCGCUCGGCGUUCCACCAGUACCUCCGGGAUAUGGUCCGGAACAACCAUCACGAGCGGGAGCUCAUCCCGAUCCCUCACCUUGACCCUGCCAACCUCGCCUCAGGACUGACGCCGGCUGGAGAGGUCAUCACCGACCUGUCCUCUGCGGCAGCCAGGGAAUACUACGGCAACCUCCCCGAGGCUGUGCGCGCGCCCUUUGAAGAGGCCGCCGCUGAGGUCAACGAGAACCGCCCGGUUCUACAGCUAACUCGUGCACAGCGUCUUCGUUCCAAGGACGUGGUCCGAGACUACAUGAAACGCUGCAUCCAAAGGCUGCUACGGAUGACGGGUUAUGGCGGCAUGUUCAUCGUGGAGGGUUUAACGAACACGACGAGGUCAAGGUCCAUCGCCACCGAUGGGGUGAACAACAACAACGAAUCCAUGUUCCAGAACCUCGUCGCGCACGAGAAGAAUGGCGAGCUCACAAGCGUCUGUGCGACCAUGUUCGGAUGGGCCAAGGAGUCGGCGGAGGUCUCCGAAAUGUUGACGGGUCCUCACACCGCUGAAGAAGGUCCCCGUGAGACAGGGUUCGAUGGAGCGGAUGCUGGGGCUUUAGUCCCUGCCGAUGUCCCCCCAGCGUCCCUGCCUCAGACCUCCCCCGCCGUUGACAAGGGUUCGGCCGAGUCCCACGAUGGUGCGUCGCCUCCUGGGAUCGUCGGCGACGGCUCCGCGCUCCGCGAGAACGAUCCGAAGGCCAAUGGGGAUGGGGAUUCUGGAGAGGCAGGAGCGCCCUCGAGAAAGACCAAGCGUUCGGCACCGAAGUCCAAGACCACGCGUUCGGCGCCGAAGUCCAAGUCCAAGUCAGCCGCCACUCCCGUGGCCCCGCAGGUGUCUCGUCCUCGUCGUGCCACGGUCGCUCCGGGUCGUAUCGGCCAGGAUGGCGGCGUUCGCCCCGUUCGUGACAUGAACAAAGCCAAGAUGGACGUCACCCGCCCUCAGGAGUCAUCGAUCCCCGACGGCCCCCCGAAGAGGUCGUCCAAGCGAAAGGCUGGUGAUGACGGGACGUCUUCGAAGAGCAAGGCUGUGGAUGACGCGGACAAGACGCGCGGGGCGAAGAAGCGCAAGGGCGUGAAGGCAUAG